AUGGAAAUACCUUUAAAGUCAAAACCAAAGGUAUCAACUGUCAAUUUAUUGGAUGAAUCAAAAUUCCAAUUGAAUCAUUCGCCUUCUCCUACAAAUGAUACCCAAACUUCCUUACCUUCUGAUUUACUUAAAAUUAGACAUAGUGCUGCUGGCUCUAGAAAUAACACAUUUGUUAAUCGUCCAGAUGUCCAACAAGAUUACAUUCAUCAACCAAUUAAUCAACCCCAAAUAUUACCACCAUCAUUCCCUGCUAAUUGGAAAUUGACUAGACGAUAUUCAGAAACUGAAAAGAAUAAUUUUGAUCUGGAAACUGGUCAUAGAAUAUAUGAAGAUGGGAAAAUAAGACCACAAACUAUUCGACUGCAUGAAAUUGGUGGAAGUAGUGUUGGAGGUGGACGUCUUGAGAGACAUAAAACGUAUACUCAAUUAUCAAGAGAACAACAACAGGAGAGACAACGACAAAACUAUAAAAUAGAUUAUGAAAAUCAAGUACCUUCUGGGAUGGAUUCUACUGUAAUGAAAAUAUAUUCCCGUUCACAUAAUAGUGAAAUUGAUGCAGAUUCUGGUGCAGGUCUUGUUGGAUUAGAGGAUGAAUAUAUACCAGGACUAGAUUUUUCCAAUAUGAUAUAUGAAUGGAAUAAGAGUUCAUCUGAUUUAGACCUCAAAGAUACUCAAGGAGGAAGUGGAAGUGGAAGCGCCAGUGGAAAUGAAUUCAUUAGUCCUGCACAUACACCCCAUAGUAGGGAAGCAUCAUAUCUUGAUUUAAAGACAUUGCAUGCAAAAGUAGCUCCACAACCAAUUAAAAAUGCCAAUGCAUCCAGUAGCAAAUUUUCAUACUCCAAAUUGACCGAAUACAUGAAACAAAGACGUGGAAGUAAUCAAUCACAAACAGUUCCAACAAGCAUAGUCCCACUCACUCAUGGAGCUACGUCUCCUGAAAAUAACAUAUCCGAUAAACGCUCCCUGCAAGAUGAUUUAUCUACGUCACCAAGAGCCAAAAAACAACGCUCAGCAAUCAAACCAGAUACAGGAGAUUUAACUUAUGAAAUUAUAAUGAAUUCCCUUCCACCAAACUUCAAUGAACUUCCAUAUUCUCAAAGGAAAAGAAUAGUCCAAUCAUUUUCUGAUUCAAUCGAUUAUUCGCAAUUUUCAUUAUUUGCCAAAAAUUAUCUUGGAACAUCACAAGGAUCAGGCAGAGGUAGUAGUGGAGGUGUCGGCAGCGGAGGGAACGGAGGAGGAGGUUUCAGAAGUGGAAGUGGAUCCAAUAAUAAUAGUUUCAUUAGACGUCCACGUAUGGGAAGUGUAAAUACCAUUGCUGGCCGUUUAUUAGCCAGAACUUCCACUACUGAUUUCCAGAAAUUACAAGAAUGUAAACCAAAAUAUAAUGUGGAUGAAAAGGGGGCAAUUGUAUUAGGUCAUGAAUUGGGUAAGAUUAUUGGAUUUGGUGCCUGGGGGACAAUUCGUGAAUGUACGGAUAUAAAAGAUGGAAAUAUACGGGCUUGUAAAAUUGUUAAAUCUAUUAAGGAGAAUUAUGAUCCAAAAGGUUCAAAAAAUUGUGGGACAGGAAAGAGUAAUCCAAAGGUAUUACAGGUUUUCAAGAAAGAGAUUGAAAUUUGGAAAAAGUUAAAACAUGAGCAUAUAUUAGGAUUAAUCGAUUAUUUGGAAACUGAACAUACGAUUUUUUGUAUCAUGAAUAGAAUUAACGGGGGGACAUUAUUUGAAUUGGUUUCAACUUGGGGACAAUUCAAUUCAGGAUUACUUACUACAACUGGCCCAUUGGAAUUCCUGAUUAACAGUCAAAGAGAAAGAUUGAAACGGGUUAUUGAUUGUACUUCACAAAUCGUGAAUGCAUUAUUAUAUAUGCAUGAUGAAAAGGGAAUAGUACAUGGAGAUUUAAAAUUAGAAAAUGUUUUAAUUGAAAAGAAACCUCCAGAUUGUUUUAAAAUGAUCUUGUGUGAUUUUGGAAUGUCACGAAUUUAUAGUACUAGAAUCAGUAGAAAGAAUUCACGUCUACAUCAUGAUCGUAAUAACCACCAUCAUCCUCACCUUGACAAAGAAAACCAUUUAGUUAUCAAUCCAGUACCCCAGUCAAUAUUAGAUGAAGAAGUUUUGAUGUUGAGAAGUAGAUCUACCAAUACCGAAUACAGAAAACCAUAUCAAGGAGAUGAUUCUCCCAGCACCAAGAAAUUAGAUCUUGGUAUCCGAGACGAUUCUCAAGUCGGAUUAGAUAGUUAUUUUGAUAAAUCGAAACCCCACGGGCCUUCACUUCAAUCAGUCCAUUUAACUCCUCAACAUACCGCCUCCACCGAUUCGCUUUAUGAAUUCAAAAACGCCUUCCUUCAAAAAGAACUCCAACAUCAACAACAAGCCAUUGAUUCCGACUUACCUCAUUCCCAUAUCGGGUCAUUACCCUAUGCAGCGCCCGAAUUGCUCUUACCUUCCCCACCUCCACUCGGUCCCCUGGCUGAUGUAUGGGCCCUAGGAGUGUUGAUGUAUGCCAUGUGUGUCGGUAAAUUGCCAUUCCAACACCAGUAUGAACCUCGAUUACGUGCCAUGAUUGCCGCCGGGAAAUAUAAUAACACCGAUUUGAAAAAGGCAUGUUUGUUAGAAUGGGUAUUGGCUACUGACCCACUGAAGAAGAAUGAAAAUAAUGAAAAGGAUGGUAUUCAUGCUGCUGAUAUGAUUUUACAAAGUCCUUCAUUGGUGGAUUUGAAUAGACAACGGGCGUUGCAAGAUUUACAACUUGAAUGGGCGGAAUAUAAAUCGAGAUUGGAAUUUGAAUGGUUGUAUAAGAUAAUUGAGGGAUGUUUGGAGAAAGAUAUUACGAAGAGAUGGGAUACUCAAAAGAUAUAUGAAGCUCUUGAGGAUCAUCCUGAGUUUCAUUGUGGGAAUUUCAGAUAA